GUCACGCUAUGCCGUACUCAACGAUACGAGUACGAAUUGCCGAAAAAUAAUUCGCGAUUAUUCGUACAUCAUAAUCAUAACUCACAAUUAAUUCAAUAAACCAAUGAAAAUGUCUGCCGUGCUGUUUGUUUAUGCGACACGGCUGUUCCAUAUCAAAACACAAUUCAAAUAAACAUAUCUAACGUAGUGAUUAAUCUUAAGUGAUUUGUGUAUUACGUUUGUGAACUAAACAUUGUGAAGGUAUUGUACAAUAUCGUGACGUGACUUGUGAGAUUGACGGAUCAAACUGAGUGAUAGCGUGUGAUGUGAUGAUGCGGCGAGGGAAAGCGCUGCUAGAAGGCAGCCGGCAGGGCUCUGUCGACGGCAACAGUAACGUGGCCAAUGACAAGGAAUUGGUACACAAGUGUCACAGUGACCCGGGCGGGGGUAGAGCGUUGGGCGCUAUACCGAGAACGUAUAGACAUCGGUCAGCGUCGGGCGCUUUGAGGAAAUGCGUCCUGACAUUAGAUGGAUACUCGUAUGUUAUAGAACAAGGCGCUCUUACGAUAGUCCGUCGCUCGUCUAGCCGCAGCAAAGGCGAGUGCCCGACGCCCACUGACGAGCAACUCGACCAGCUCGACCUUGACACCGAACACUUGCCCGCCGUCGACACGCCCGACGCAUGCGAUAAGGCCGCACUUAGAUUACGCUAUCUACUCAGACAAUUAAAUAGGGGUGAAAUACCCGCGGAAACGUUACAAAAGAACCUCCAAUAUGCCGCCAAAGUCCUCGAAGCAGUCUACAUAGAUGAAACCAAACGACUUGCUGACGAAGAUGACGAGCUAUCAGAGGUGCAACCGGACGCAGUACCUCCUGAAGUCAGGGAAUGGUUGGCGUCAACCUUCACGAGGCAACUGGCGACAUCCAAGAGAAAGUCUGAUGAAAAGCCAAAGUUCCGAUCCGUGGCUCAUGCUAUCCGAGCUGGGAUAUUCGUGGACAGGAUUUACAGACGGGUGACGAGUACUGCACUUAUGCAGUUCCCACAAGAUGUCGUUCGAGUUUUAAAGACUUUGGACGAGUGGUCGUUCGACGUGUUCGCGCUGCACGAGGCCUCUGUGGGCGCGCCAGUGAAAUACCUUGGAUACGAGCUGCUCAACCGAUACGGAAUGAUACACAAGUUCAAGGUGCAGUCAACGAUUCUAGAGAAUUUCCUCAGCCGGAUAGAGGAGGGAUACUGCAAGUUCCACAAUCCUUACCACAACAACUUGCAUGCGGCGGAUGUAGCACAGACCGUGCAUUACAUGCUCUGCCAGACUGGACUUAUGAACUGGCUGUCCGAUUUGGAGAUAUUCGCGACGCUAGUGGCAGCGAUCGUACACGACUUCGAGCACACCGGCACGACCAACAACUUCCACGUGAUGUCCGGCUCCGACACCGCGUUGCUCUACAACGACCGCGCUGUGCUCGAGAAUCACCAUAUUAGUGCCGCCUUCAGGCUAAUGCGUGACGAGGAAUGCAACAUCCUCCAGAACUUAUCGCGUGAUGAGUUCCGCGAGUUCCGCACACUCGUCAUCGACAUGGUGUUGGCGACGGACAUGUCGUUCCACUUCCAGCAGCUGAAGAACAUGCGGUCGCUGCUCACACUCGCCGAACCCACGGUUGACAAAUCUAAAGCCGUGUCCCUCGUGCUCCACUGCUGCGAUAUAUCUCACCCAGCUAAGAGAUGGGAUCUCCAUCAUCGGUGGACUAUGAGCUUGUUGGACGAGUUCUUCCUGCAGGGAGACAAGGAACGGGAAUUAGGACUGCCCUUCAGUCCCCUGUGCGAUCGGAAUAAUACUCUCGUAGCAGAAUCUCAAAUUGGCUUCAUUGAAUUCAUCGUGGAGCCCAGUAUGGGCGUGUGUGCCGAUAUGUUGGAAUGUAUACUGGGACCGUUGCAUUCUAACACAAAGAAUACAGCAAAUGCUAGCGGACAGGAGCCCAUUAAUGAGGAGAAUACUGGUGCAGAAGGAAGCAAUAAAUUUAAAAUAAGGAAACCGUGGGUGGCAUGUCUAAGCGAUAAUAAGAAAAUAUGGAAGGAGCAAGCUGCUAAAGAUGCAGAAGCCCGAGCUAAGCUUGAAGAAGAGAACAGCGCAGAACAACCAGUGGCAACAGAAGAAUAAUAUUUGGCCACAUUUGUAAAUAGUGUGAAAACAUCGUGUUGUAACAUGUUUCAAUCACUCAUGAAAAAGAACUAAAAUAUCAUAGAUAUGCGUUUACACGCUUUGCAUUUAAAUUAAGUGAAUACGAUAAUUCUUCAUAAAUAAUGUUCGUAUUAACAGUGUUGCAAACAGAAAAUGUCUGAACAUAAUUGUGUUAACGCCUCCCUAUAUUUACUUAACUGUCUGACACUAUUCAUACAAAACUAUAUAUACGAGUAAUAAUUAAUGAAUCGUUUAGAUUUACGAACAGUUAUUAUUGCAAUGUAAAAUGUAUCAUGUAAAUUAUAUUCUAACAUAUGUUGCCAGUUACUUUAAAGUAUUUAAAACUAUCGCUGACGUUUAUAUUAUUAAUUAUAAAUACAAAAUUAUUUAAACUAUCGGUAGUUGAAACCCAUAAAAGCAAAUGUAGAUAAAUCGUGCACGCACAAAUUCAAAUAGCACAAAACCUGUACAUUUAUAUGGAAGACAUCGUAGUGAGGAUUGGAAUCGGCGACCCGCGUCCGCGGCGCUUCUAGUGUAAAUCGUUAGAUAAGUAAGUUACACUUAAGUUGGCUUUUCGUAUGUUUUAUGCCUAGUCUAUAGUUAUACAUAUAAAUAUAUCAUUAAUUUAUUUGUUCCCCUUAAGUUCCUAAUCACAGAUAUUAUUUUUAAUAUUAUUAACUUAAGUAAU